AUGUCACUGCUGGACCUGUCAUGGCUGGGAUCCUGGACUGGCACAUCCUCUCCAUGGCUGCUCCUGCUGCUGGCUGGGGCUGCCUGGCUUCUGGCUAGAAUACUGGCCUGGUCCUAUGCUUUCUAUGACAAUUACAGCCACCUCCGGCAUUUCCCACAUCCUCCAAUGCGGAACUGGUUCUUGGGUCAUCUGGGCAUGGUCCUCCCCACGGAGCAGGGUUUGCAGGAAGUGACUCGCCUGGUAGCCACCUACCCACAGGGCUUUAAGACCUGGUUUGGCCCUAUCAGUCCCCUUGUCAGUCUAUGCCACCCUGACAUCACCAAGCCUGUUGUCAAUGCCUCAGCUGCCAUUGCACCCAAGGACGUGAUCUUCUACAGUAUGCUCAAGCCUUGGCUGGGAGAUGGGCUCCUGGUGAGUAAUGGCAACAAGUGGAACCGCCACCGUCGCAUGCUGACACCUGCCUUCCACUUCAACAUCCUAAAGCCAUACAUGAAGAUUUUCAAUGAGAGUGCCAACAUCAUGCAUGCAAAGUGGCAGAACCUGAUUUCUGAAGGCAGUGCCCGUCUGGAUAUGUUUGAGCACCUCAGUCUGAUGACCUUGGACAGUCUGCAGAAAUGUGUUUUCAGCUUGGACAGUCAUUGCCAGGAGAAGCCCAGUGAAUACAUUGCUGCCAUCUUGGAACUCAGUGCGCUAGCAUCAAACCGGCAACAGCAGAUCCCCAUGCACUGGGACUUCCUGUAUCAUCUCACUCCUGAUGGGAGGCGCUUCAGAAAGGCCUGCCGCCUGGUACAUGACUUCACAGAUGCUGCCAUUAAGGAGCGCCGGCGCACCCUCUCAGAACAGGGUAUUGAUGACUUCCUCAAGGCCAAGACCAAGACCAAGACUUUGGACUUCAUUGAUGUGCUCUUGCUAAGCAAGGAUGAAGAUGGGAAGGAGCUGUCAGAUGAGGACAUUCGAGCAGAGGCUGAUACCUUUAUGUUUGAGGGCCAUGACACCACAGCCAGUGGCCUCUCCUGGAUCCUGUACAACCUUGCCAAGCACCCAGAAUACCAGGAGCGUUGCCGAAAGGAGGUGCAAGAGCUCCUGAGGGAUCGAAAACCAGAGGAGAUUGAAUGGGACGACCUGGCCCAGCUGCCCUUCCUGACCAUGUGCAUCAAGGAGAGUCUGCGGUUGCAUCCCCCAGUCACUGUCGUCUCCCGCCGCUGUACCCAGGACGUGGGGCUUCCAGAUGGCCGGAUCAUCCCCAAAGGUGUCAUUUGUCUUAUCAGCAUCUUCGGGACUCAUCAUAACCCCUCUGUGUGGCCGAAUCCUGAGGUUUAUGAUCCCUUUCGCUUCGACUUAGAAAACUCCCAGAAGAGGUCGCCUCUGGCUUUUAUUCCCUUCUCUGCUGGGCCCAGGAACUGCAUUGGACAGACUUUCGCCAUGAAUGAGAUGAAGGUGGUGGUUGCUCUCACGCUGCUACGUUUCCGCAUUCUGCCAGAUGAUACUGAGCCCAAGAGGAAGCCACAGUUGAUCCUGCGCGCGGAGGGCGGGCUGUGGCUGAGGGUGGAGCCCCUGGGCAGCAGAGCACAGAGAAAGAGCCCAGGUAUUCCUUAA